AUGCCCCAGCUAUUUGCAAUCCAGUCAUGUCCCAUAUUGCAUGGUCCUGUCAUCGUCUUCGACAGCCGAGAUGUGGAAAUUCUGAAAAACCUAGGAGUGUCUAGCAUUGCGAAUGAAAACACUUCCGCAUCAUCGGAUUAUUCUCUGGUACGAGACGUUGAAGAAGCCAAAGAUAGCCGCAAAGGAGAAUUUUCCAUCACCAAACAAUUGCCUGAUAUCUUACCAAGAUCCAUGCAAACAACGGCGGCUGCGCGUGUUCUGAAGAACCGAAGAAGGGUUCCCUUUCAACACAAAACCUGUAACAACUAUACGCAAGUGAUGAAAUAUCUAAAGUCAUCACCCCCUGCCCUUGAAAUCUUGGAGGGUAGGCAGUUUGUUCUAGCCAAACCAACGGUUGGCCCAAGCAUUGAAACAGCUGUGACUACUAAACCUCCCAAUGUACUGCGGAACAAGAACAAGUCGCUCUCGAAAAACGCUCGAGUCUCUCCUCCCGUCCAUGAAACAAUUCCAUCCAACGACGCAGGUGGCAUUGCUAUGAUAAAGGACCAGGCCAAAGAGGAAAGCGCCAAGGCCAGCAAGGAGGGCACAAAUAAGAAAAAGAAGAAUGAUGCCAAUAUCGACAAGGAGGACAUCAAUAUGGUUGAAGCGGAGAGCACCAUGGCCAGCCAGGAGGACACAGCUAUGACCAACGACGAAAAUACCAAGGCAAACGAGGAGGAUACCAAUAUGGCCACAGAGGAUAGCGUCAAUGCCAGCCAUGAGGGUGCAGAUAUGACCGAAGAGGAAAGUGCCAAGGCCAGCAACAUUGACACCCUUAUGGCUGAAGACGAUAGCCCGAAGGCCAACAAGGAUGACACCAGUAUGGCCAAAGAGGAUGAUGCUUCCAAUAUCAACAAGAAGGACAGCAAUAUGGCCAAAGAAGAUGGCGCCCAUGUCAACAAGGAGGGCAGCAAUACGAACAAAGAAGACGACGCCAAUACCAACAUAGCCAAAGAGGAUGACGCCAAUGUUAACAAAGAGAAGACCAGUACGAACAAAGAGGACAAGAUGGACACCAAUAUGGCCAAUGGGGAUGACGGUAAUGUCAACAAAGAGGGCACGAGUAUGGCCAAAGAGGAUGACGGUAAUGUCCACAGAGAGGUCAACAAAGAGGGCACCAAUUUGGCCAAAGGGGAUGACGAUAAUGUCAACAAAGAGGGCACGAGUGUGGCUAAAGGGAAUGUCGGUAAUGUCAGCAAAGAGGGCAUGGGUAUGGUCAAAGCGGACGGCGCGAAUACUAACAAGGCGGACACCAACACAGCCAAAGAGGCUGGCGCCAACACUACCGGCAAGAAGAACACUGAUGAGACACCGAGAGAAAGCGAUGAAGCCCGACAAGUUAAAAAUGUUGGUGUCACUGACGAUGACCAUACGAGCAAGCAAGACGAAGUAACCAAGACACGGAUCACCGAAUCUGUCCCACAAGGCAAAGCUGAUGUUCCGCAAAAGCCGUUGCCGUCUCCUGUCAACUUUCAAGACGCUCCCGCUCCUAUACACAACAUCGCCGAAUUAAUCAAAAUUCGAAAGAGAGUCGCAUCAACCCCAAAGACUUCGCCAAUAAUUGCACUAGCUGCUACAGCCGCUCCUCCUUCGCGAAAAAGAGGCAAGCCCCCAGGCAAGGGGAGCCAACCAGCAAAGAAACGGGGUCGACCCCCCAAGCACAAGAGCCUUCCACAAGUAGAACAGACGCAGGCUACCGGACCACCGAAUCUUUCCAGCACUGUUCCUGUGGGAAUCGCUGUGCCUGCACCCAAGAAAAGAGGUCGUCCGCCCAAAGUCAGGCCCCUUCCAACGAGUGAGCGUACUACAGCUCUACCGAAUCCAUCCGCUGUGAAUCUCAAGCCAGCGAAGAAGCGUGGCCGUCCCCCAAAAGUAAAGCCUGCAGUUGUAGCUGUUCCAGUGGGACCAGUCCCGACUGCCGCGCAAGUGCCAAGCCCAGCCGUGGCAGCGCCUCAAGCAGCUCCCGCUGUCGAAGCUGUUGCUGUGCCACCACCAGUCGCCAAGAAGCGUGGGCGCCCUCCAAAGGCCAAAACUACAGAUACAGCCGGUUCACCCUCUCCACCACCCACGAAAAGUGGACGUCCUCCAACACUCGUUGACACCACUACCGCUACUGCGGCACCAGUACCAGCUCAGUUGUCCAACCUUAGCACUGAUACUCCUUCCAAUGAAGGUACUACUACGCCCACACCUCCGACUAUUGCGACGACCACAAAUGAAACCAACACAACUGCUCGUGCAGUCGGAAGUGCAACUGCAACCGAUGCUUUGGUACUUAGUCCUCCUAGGAAACCCCAAGGCAACAUGGCCGACGAACCUUGCACACCGGGCAAUGCCACGCUGUCACCAAACUCAACCAGUGACACUUCCUCCAUCGGUGAGCUUUUGACUCCUGUUAUCGAGAGUCCCAUCACUUCGCCCGCAGGUUCGGAGCACUUUAGUACGAGAAAUGCCGGAGCCACAUGGAAUGAAAAGUUUCUAGAGCUAUUUCGAUACAAGAUGCAAUAUGGAAACUGCAAUGUGUUGGCUAAGGACGACGACAGUACUCACAAAGCUUUAGGAGAGUGGGUACGAAUUCAACGAAAACGUAAGAAUGGAAAAUCCAAGUCGCUCAAGCCGUUAUCUAUGGAAGAAGAGGCUAAGCUGAAUGCCAUUGGGUUCAAUUGGAAGUCAGCGACUAAAUUGGUGUGGGACGAUCGGUACCGGCAGUUGGUCAAGUACAAAAUGAAGUGUGGGAAUGCUAACGUUCCACUUGACUACAAAAAAGAUCCCACCCUUGCAACUUGGUGUGCCACGCAACGAAAACGCUGGCGACAGAAGUUGCAGUUUGAGGAAAAGCAGAAUGGUGACCAAUCACAAGAAUUCACUGUAGACGCAAACGGGAAGAAGCGCAGAUUACCAAGUCCAAUGACUGACGAAGAAGAGGGGAAACUGUUAGCACUGGGAUUUGAAUUCUAA